AAUGACUGGAACAAAGGAAGAGGUAUCAAAUGGUAAAGUGCCAGUGGUAACAGAUGAACAACAAUACCUAGAUCAUGUAAAAAAAAUUAUUGAGACAGGAGUCAGGAAAGGAGACCGAACAGGGGUCGGAACUCUUUCCCUCUUUGGUGCACAAAUGCGCUACUCAUUAAGAGAUGGUGUUUUUCCCUUAUUCACUACAAAACGAGUAUUCUGGCGUGGCGUUGCAGAGGAAUUGUUGUGGUUUAUUCGAGGCUCUACUAAUGCAAAAGAACUUUCUGAGAAAGAUGUCAAGAUCUGGGAUCCUAAUAGCACCAGGGAGUUUUUGGACAGCCUUGGACUCACUGAUCGAGUUGAAGGUGACUUGGGUCCUGUUUAUGGCUUCCAGUGGCGUCACUAUGGUGCCGAGUAUAAGGAUAUGUUCACAGAUUACACCAAUCAAGGCAUUGACCAACUGAAAGAAGUGAUCGAAACGAUCAAAUCAAACCCCAAUGAUCGCCGCAUUAUAAUGUGUGCUUGGAAUCCUGUAGACCUUCCUAAAAUGGCCCUGCCUCCUUGCCACUGCCUUGUUCAGUUUUAUGUCGCUAAUGGCGAGCUGUCAUGUCUAUUAUACCAGAGAUCUGCUGACAUGGGCCUUGGUGUGCCGUUCAAUGUAGCAAGUUAUUCGCUACUUACAUACAUGAUCGCUCACAUCACUAAACUUAAGCCUGGUGAUUUCAUCCACACACUUGGCGAUAGCCAUGUUUAUUUGAACCAUGUUGAUGCCCUUAAUGUGCAGCUCAAACGACAACUUCGGCCGUUUCCAACUCUAAAAAUUGUGCGAGAUAUCUCCAGCAUUGACGACUUCAAAUUUGAAGAUUUCCUGUUGGAGGGUUACAAGCCUCAUCCAAAAGUUGAGAUGAAAAUGGCUGUGUGAAACUUGCCUUUCAUCGCCAAAUUACCCUUUGCCUUUUAUUGAUUGACUCAAUUUACCUUGUAAAUUUUAAGAAUGCUUCCUUUUUUAUUUUUUAAACCUGCUUAUUUUUAAGAAUGACCUAUUUUAUCAUACACCUGUUUGUGACAUUUGAAGUGUAAAGUAGUUGUUACCAUCAAUGUGAUAUAAGUAGACAUUUUUACCAGAAACUUGUGUUAAGUAUCAGUGUCAUAACAAUUUUUUAGCUCAUGCAGAGCGCAAUGAUUCUUAUUUUAAUGUUAUUACUGUUAUACGUAUUUGACGAUUCAAGAAAAUGUUUUUGCAUGUGGGGGAAGGGACAUAAUAUUUUGAUAAUUCAAGUAAAUUUUCUUCACAGAAGAAUCCGCCCCUUCGAGGAUCAUUCAAUGCCUUUCCAAUAUGAUACCAACCACCGUAACAUUUUCCACCUUUCUAAAACUUUUAUACUACUAAGCAGAAAAAGUCUAUCCAGAAAUGGGAUUUUAAAAAACAACAUUCAGUCCUCUCUUGUGCUUUGGCACCUAAGUAUUUCUUCGAAAUCACUUCAAAGGAUGUAGAUCAGGUGUUAAUUUGUGAUUAAUGAUGUGUACUCAUGUGUUGUCUUGUUUUUUUUUAAGUCAGUGAAGAGUUCAAAGCAUGAACAUAUUGAACGCAUACCCAUACAAAAAUUACAAAAGAUAGUUAAAAAGGUUGACAGUAUUCCAAGGCUUUGUCAAAUUGGAAGUACAGUUUUAACAUUCCACAUUAUAUUUUAUUUUUAUUUGUGUAAAACUUUUCAGUCAUAAGUUUUAUGAUGUAUAACUUUUAAGUCUACAUUUGAGGCAGCCUCCAUAAUUUUAUCCAUUGAUCUGAAUUACCUUUGUAGAAUAAAAUUAGUGCCUGAAAUGAGCUACUGUGAUUAGCACAAGCUGCCUUUUUUCAUUGUAAUACUCAGGAAUUACUCAGGUAUGUGCCCGUACCAGGUAUUAACUAUUUUGUAUUGAAGUAAUCUUAAUUUCCGAUUGAAGUUUAAAUAAUUCAAACUUUUGAAUUGGCAAUUCAUAAGUGCAUACAGGUGCUGUCAUGAGAGAACUGUUAUCUAACUGAAUUUUAUAAUUUCGAUUAAAUCUUGCAAAACUCCCAGUUUUAA